AUGAACAUGGGGGGCGAGGAGGAGAAGCCUGCUCUCGAACAGUUCGGCAUCGACCUAACGGCAAGGGCAAAGGAGGGCAAGCUUGAUCCGGUUAUCGGCAGAGACGCAGAGAUUCAGCGGACUAUACAAGUUCUCUCCCGGCGCACCAAGAACAACCCGGUGUUGAUCGGACACGCGGGAACGGGCAAGACGGCCAUCCUCGAGGGUUUGGCUCUAAGAAUCGUCCGGGGUGACGUGCCGGAGAGUAUCAAAAACAAGAGAGUAAUAUCCUUGGACUUGGGAUCGCUCAUUGCCGGCGCCAAGUUCCGAGGCGACUUCGAAGAACGCUUAAAGAAGGUAUUGACUGAGGUGGAACAAGCCGAAGGACAAGUAAUCCUUUUUAUCGACGAACUACACACUUUGCUCGGGCUCGGGAAAGCAGAAGGCUCGAUAGAUGCCUCCAAUCUUUUGAAGCCGGCCUUGUCCAGAGGAGAAUUGCAGUGCUGCGGAGCUACAACAUUAAACGAAUAUCGUCUCAUUGAGAAGGAUGUCGCCCUAGCGCGACGUUUCCAACCAAUCUUGGUCAACGAGCCUACAGUUGAGGAUACGAUUUCGAUUCUCCGUGGUAUCAAAGACAAAUACGAAGUCCAUCACGGUGUCCGGAUCACCGACGGCGCCUUGGUGGCGGCUGCAACAUACUCAAAUCGAUACAUCACCGACAGGUUUCUACCUGACAAAGCCAUUGAUCUAAUGGAUGAAGCGGCCAGUUCCUUAAGAUUGCAGCAAGAAAGCAAACCAGAAGACAUAAUGCGACUCGACCAGAAGAUUAUGACUAUUCAGAUAGAGCUGGAGAGUUUAAGGAAGGAAACCGACGUUGCCAGCAAGGAGCGGCGCGAGAAACUCGAAGCCGAUCUCAAAAAGUACCAGGACGAAGUCAAAGUCCUUUCUGAGCGCUGGGAGAAGGAACGUGCCGAGAUCGAUGCCAUCAAGAACACACAGGCAGAACUUGAUAAGGCACGGAUUGAAUUAGACCAAGCUCAGAGAGAGGGCAACUUCGGUCGAGCAUCUGAGUUAAGAUUCGGUGUAAUUCCGACGCUGGAACAGAAGCUCCCGAAGGAGGAGGACAAGGCCAAGGCGGAUGGUUCACUUAUUCAUGACUCCGUCACCGCCGAUGACAUUGCUACGGUUGUGUCCAGGAUUACUGGUAUCCCGGUCUCGAAGUUAACGUCUGGGCAUAUUGAGAAACUCGUGCAUAUGGAGGACACACUGCGGCAGGCAGUCAGGGGUCAAGAUGAAGCUCUGAAGGCCGUUGCUAAUGCUGUUCGUAUGCAACGAGCUGGUCUGAGCGGUGAAAACCGCCCGUUGGCUUCAUUUUUCUUCCUCGGACCAACUGGUGUUGGUAAGACUGAACUUUGCAAGAAACUAGCCGGCUUCCUCUUCUCCACGGAGAGUGCAGUCGUUCGUUUUGAUAUGAGCGAGUUUCAAGAGAAACACACGAUUUCCCGUCUCAUCGGAGCUCCGUCAGGCUAUGUCGGUUACGAGGAUGCUGGCCAGCUUACCGAAGCCGUUCGACGGAAGCCGUACGCUGUUCUCCUCUUUGAUGAGUUUGAAAAAGCUCACCGAGAUAUUUCCGCCUUACUACUGCAAGUGCUUGAUGAGGGGUACUUGACAGACGCUCAAGGUCACAAGGUUGAUUUCAAGAACACCAUUAUUGUUCUGACAUCUAACCUUGGAGCCGAUAUUCUCGUCGGUGCGGACCCGAUUCAUCCCUAUAAUGAGACCCCGGAGGGCGAUAUUGGUCCCGACGUUAAGAAAGCUGUCAUGGAUGUCGUCGGCUCAAACUACCCACCUGAGUUCCUCAACCGCAUCGACUCUUUCAUCAUCUUCAAGAGACUUUCCCUCGAGGCGCUGCGAGACAUCGUUGACAUUCGCUUGAAGGAAUUGCAGGAAAGAUUGACUGACCGCCGCAUAACACUGGACGUGCCGGAUAAGGUGCGGGAGUGGCUCGCCGAGCGCGGCUACGAUCCCAAAUACGGUGCUCGGCCUCUGAAUCGCCUCAUCACAAACGAGAUUGGCAACGGGCUGGCUGACAAGAUCAUCCGGGGAGAGAUCAAGAUGGGCGAGACGGCUGUCGUGUCCAUCAAGGAGGACGGCUCUGGCCUCGAUGUGGUGACGAAGGGCAGCUCAUGA